CAUUUUUUCAGUAUUCUUGUUCAUCACCUGACUUAAAUUCCUUGCUUGCAAAAUGUUACUAAUAAUUUGAACAUUAAGUAUUUUUUUAUCGAUAUGGUUUAAUUAAAUAUUAUCACCAUGAAUGAAGAAACAAGUGUUGAAGAUUCUUCAUAUCUAAGUUAUGAAAUAAAUGGCACUAGAUAUAUUCUGCAAACUGUAUCAGAUCCAGCCAUAGAUAUAGCAAAAACAGUAUCAGCUAAUUCAGAACAAAAUACAAUUAAUAUAAUAGAUGAACCACAAAUAGAAAAAGAGGAUGAAUCAAUUUCUUUAGUUUGCUUAGAUGGUCAAGUUUAUGCAUUUCAAAAUGGAGAAUUACAAGAAUUAGAUUUUAGUCAAGUUAUAGAUCAGAAUGAAUCACAAGAAAAAACAGUCUUGCUGUCUAAAGAAGAUGAUAAUUAUGAUGCACAGUACAUUACUAAUGAAGGAUUGAUAAUUGGAAAUAUUGAUGAACACUCACAAGAACAAUAUGAAAUUGUCACAGGACAGAAUGAAAAGAACUUUAUUGUAGAAAAACAGAAUGUAAAUGCUAAUGAUUUUGUGGAAGUUGUAACAGCAUUCAAAUGUAAAAUAUGUACUUAUACUACUCAAGACAAAACCCAAUUAUUGCAGCAUUUUCAGAAAACACAUGUAAAUCCAAAAGUGGAUAUAGAGGUAAGAAUUUCAUGUUGUACAGUUAAAAUAUCACAUCAAUACUUGUUUUAGGAUCAUCAGUUAACAGAUACAGGAGCUAAUAAAGGUGGUAAAGAAAAUGUAACAGAUGACACAAAAGAUUCUGGGUUACUGGAACGUAUAGGGCAGAGUGUUGAAAAUAAUGAUAUAAAACGUCAAGUUAAAAUUCAAAAACCUCUAAAUUCUGAAUAUAUGCUCAAUAAAAAAAUGAUUGAAUUGAUGGAAAGAAACAUAAAGUGUUCAUAUCGAGGAUGUCCUUACAAAUUCUCUACCGAAGAAACAAUGCAACAACAUGCACUUUGUCACACAGAAUCACAAAAUGGAACAGCAUUUAAAUGUACUGUUUGUCGUGAUAUGAAAUUUACUAAGUGGAGACAAUGUAGCUUACAUUUGUGGAAAAAGCAUCAAAUUGACAUAGGAUUAUUUACUUGUAAAAUAUGUAAAGCAUAUAAAAGCGCUACAAUGGUGAAACUUUUGACUCAUAUGCGAGUGCAUAGUGAGACUCGGGAGUAUGAAUGUUCCGAAUGUGGCAAAUGUUUUAAACAAGCCAGUCAGUUACGUAAUCACAGAGUCAUGCAUUUGGAUCGUAAAACAUUGGAAGUAACUCGAUGGUAUACUUCAAAAAAAUGUGAUAUGUGUGGAAAGACUUAUGCAAAUUCCAAAUGUUUGAAAAGUCAUAUUCAAGCAGUUCAUUCGAAGUUGCGCCCAUAUGUUUGUAAUGUUUGUGGGCAUUCUAGCGCUAGAAAAGCAAUGUUGCAAAUGCAUUUGCGUCAACAUACUGGUGAUAAACCCUUCAGUUGUGAACUUUGUGAAUAUAAAACUGGGGAUCAUAACACAUUGCGACGUCACAUCAUGCAACACACAGGAUUUAGACCUUAUAAAUGCCCCCAUUGUUCUUACACUGCAAUACAAAGUAGUAGUUAUAAAAACCAUUUAAAGUCGCGGCAUCCCUUAUUAUCUGGUUUAUUUACAUGUGAUUUAUGUCCUUUUAAAACUGUGAAAAAUGAAAGCUAUAUACAACAUGUAAGAGGUCAUGAAAAGGGAUUAAUUAAAGCCAAUAUGCAAAAAAAGGAUAGCGAAAAUGUUGAAGUAUUUCCUGGUAACAUUGCAGCAGCACAGUUGAUUUAUAGUUGCUUGGGUGCCUUUUCAAAAGUGGGAGAUACUUUAGAAGCAAACUUAAUGUCUUCUUCAACAUCUGCAGAUGGUACAUCACAAACGAUUACGAUCCAAAUACCAUCAAAACAUCUUGAAGGUUCACUGCCAACAAGAGAAAGUGGAACUAAAAAUAAUUCAAUAAUUGAACAAGAAGAUGAGGAAACAAUGCAUUGUUUUUUAAAAAUUCCAAGAGAAGAAGAAGAAAGUAUAGAUACUGGCGGUAUAACUAUACCUGCAGAACCUGAGGAGUCAGGUGCAACAACAAUUAAUGUUGAUACGUGAAAAUAUAGAAAGAUGAGUUACGAAAAAAAAUAUUUCUGUAUUUUUAAAAAUAACCAGAAAUUUAUACUUCAAAAGUAAAUGAAGAAAUGCUAGUCACGCGUUACUUAGAGGCUAAUAAUUCAAGAAAUGUGAGAAGUUCCUCUGUUUAAGCAGUUGAUGCGGAUGCUUCUCA